CCCACUUUGAAAUCCGUUCUUCAGCUGCCGGAUACAUCACGCAUUCACACACACUCCGCAACCGCCGCACUCCGCCCACAACUGUAUCUAUGGACGAUAUCAUUGGCAAUACCCAGAACACUGUAGCUCCUUCCGACCAGAGCAAGAAGAAGAGACCUCGACGAGUUGUCAGACCAAAACCCAAGUCGACCCAGGUCGAAAAAUCGGACGACAUUGAAGAUAUUAAUUUCACCAAAGACGAAACGCUGGAAAUUAGGGCGUCGCUCUUGAAAUGGUACGACGAAAACCAGAGGGACCUCCCCUGGCGAAGAAUCAGCAGCAAAGGAGAGGAUGAGGAGGAUAAUGAGGAUACGGAGGAGAGUGAGAAGAGGGCGUAUGCGGUGUGGGUUUCAGAGGUGAUGCUUCAGCAGACUAGGGUUCAGACUGUGAUUGAUUAUUUCAAUAAAUGGAUGACCAAAUGGCCCACCCUUAGUCACCUUGCUCAAGCUUCUCUUGAGGAGGUGAACGAGAUGUGGGCAGGCUUGGGGUACUACAGACGAGCUCGUUUUUUACUUGAGGGUGCAAAAAUGAUAGUUGAAGAAGGAGGUGGAUUUCCAAAAGCAGUUCCUGCUCUUCGGAAGGUCAAGGGAAUUGGAGAAUACACAGCUGGUGCAAUUGCCUCAAUUGCAUUCAAGGAGGUAGUGCCUGUUGUUGAUGGUAAUGUGGUCAGGGUCAUUGCUAGACUAAAAGCUGUAUCUACAAAUCCAAAAGAAGCUGUAGCAGUCAAGAACACGUGGAAGCUUGCAGGGCAGUUAGUGGAUUUAUGUAGGCCUGGAGAUUUCAAUCAGGCUCUUAUGGAACUCGGUGCAACAGUUUGCACACCUUCAAGUCCAAGUUGCAAUGAAUGUCCUAUCUCAACCAAAUGCCAUGCUCUGUUGCUCUCAAGAUGUCACGACUCUGUACAAGUUACUGAUUAUCCAAUGAAAAUCGUUAAGGCAAAACAGAGGAGUGACUUUGCUGCUGUAACUGUUGUUGAAGUACUGGAAGGGCCUCGUAUGAAGGAUGAAGCUCAUCCUAACAGUAAGUUUAUUCUUGUCAAGAGGGCAGAUAAAGGUCUACUUGCUGGCCUCUGGGAAUUUCCUUCUGUUUUGUUGGAUGGAGAAGCUGACUCAGUCACCAGAAGAGAUGCAAUUGACCAUUAUCUGAAGUCAGCAUUCGAUCUUGAUCCUACAAAGUCCUGUGAUAUUAUUUCAAGGGAAGAUGUUGGAGAAUAUGUCCAUGUCUUUACCCACAUCCGUCUCAAGAUGUACGUAGAGUGGAUGGUUUUACAUGUAAAAGGUUUCAAGAAACUUUGGAAUAAAAAGCAGGGUGAAGAUGAUAUCAACUGGAAAUUUGUUGAUCGGCAGACUCUAUCGUGUAUGGGAUUGACUUCAGGAGUAAGAAAGGUCUAUGGUAUGAUUGAGAACUACAAGCAGAGAACGUCGAGUUCCCUCCCAGCAAGAGCAAGGUCAAGAAAAGGGUCUGGGAAGUCAAAAAACUGGAAGUAGCAGGUUCCCAUUGUUUUGAACAGCAAGAGAAGACAAUGUCCAUAGCUGAGAUUUCUUUUGGUAGGGGGUGAUUGCGUUGGAUAUUGAACAUGACAGACAAAUCCUAAUUUAUGUCUCUGCUUUAUUCUCUUUUUGUAUUGUCUGUGGGUGAGUCGUAAUGCUUACUCUUAAAUCUGUUGAGGGGAACCUUCAGAAUGUACUAUCUAUGAGAUCAUUUUGUAGGUAUAGAGUGUUUUCAAGAUAUC